AAAGUGCGCCGCCGAAAACGACGACGUCUGCGUCGUCAAGGUGAUGGAGGAUGACCUCCAAAGGUUCAUCCAUAGUGUUGAGAGCAGUGCAAAGAAGAUCUUGAAGGAUCACACAAAGCGCGUGCAUGAUGAAGCUGCCAGAGAACGCGUGGAGAAAGGCCGACCAAAACAGCCAGUAGAAGUGAAAAGCAUCUCGCGGGACGAACUCAAGUCCAAGUAUGGGCCUUCCUCACUGAUCAUUCCUGCGCCAAAGCUGAAGGAGGGCGAAUCCACGUCCACAUCUAUGCCGCAGCUGAAACAAUCGCCACGUCUAACGAUACAAGUCCACCCCAUUGAGGCAGCCGACCACACAACGACAACGACUUCUUUAUUCCCCAACUCGGGGUCGCUGCCAAGCCUGGCAACCAAACGACACAAACAAGACCUUCGAGACCGGGCAGCGUCGAAAUUGAUCAACUCUCCGCUUUUCAAGGGCUUGACCAAGUCUUCUAGCUCUACCACUUCAUUUAAAGCGGCAUUGGCGCAGCUGAAUGCCGUGGAUGAUUUGCGGAUCUUGGGCUUGGGAGGGGGCAAGCCUGGACCGGCGAAUCACCGCCACGAACAUAGCGUCGAGAGGCGAAUGUGCAAUGCUUGCUGGGCCGAACCAGUUAAACACACUGCGUGCGAGCACCGCUACCGAACGGCAAACCCAAACGACAUGGAGCUUCAGGGAGCCUCGAGUUGGUCGAUCGACGACCUCCACUUCAAGUACCGAGCCGAGCGCGAACGAGAAGCGGCGUGGGUGGCGUCCACGCAACUCCAACAAGAAGCCGAGUCGUCGCCGGUGGUGCCCAUCUUGGAACGGCACCCGAUCUACGACAAGUUCUUCCACACGAUUGACAACGACAACACGUACGUGAAGAACGUGUCUCGGGCCAAGAACCAGACCAAGCAGUUCGUGCUGGACGUGAACCGAGUGUGGCUGACCAACCUCGACCACUUCAAUCACAUGACGCAAGACACGCACGACGAGUACCUACAACCCCCCGCGAAGCGCAACUGCCUUCGUGGUCGUCACGACUUGGGGCUAAUUCGACAAGGGUACAGCCAGGUACAGUCCGUGUCGAUGGCGUGCGCGUUAAAAAAUGCAAAAACAACGCUGGACCACCACGACCCAGUGGCACAUACAGAGGGUGCUGCCCCGUCUCCACCCCCAAACCCACAACAUCGCACAAAAGUCAAAGCGCCGACCGACGGCAUCGAAGUGGAAGGCUCACCGUUGUCGGUCCUUGCAUGCGGCCGUAUCGACUUCCGAGGCCAAGUGCCGGGCACAGUCGUGCUUGCAACGUACCCGGGGCUGUGGUGGUGCGUGUCCCCAUCGUCCCUCACACGACCCACUGCCAUGUACCUGCGCGAGUCGAAGCUGUCGUCGACGAACUCGAUCCUCGUGCAUGUGCUCUUGGCGUUGGACUCACCCGUACUCGCGCCUACGUGGUUUGCAUGGGUCCCAGGAACUGUCUGCGCCCCCUUUGAGAAAGAGAUCGCCACAUCGUUCUACUACAUCCCCCCCACGUGCGGUAUGGUGCUGACACUGCCGUCGGUCGUGUCGCCCCUGGACGAGUACCUACCGUCGACCAUAUGCAUCGCCAACGGCUGCGACCAAGCCGUGCCAGACAUGCCCGAGUUCAACGACAGGAACUUUCGGCAGUGGAUUCGCUGGGUUACAGUGCCCCCAAACUUUGACUUCGACGCCCAAGCAUAUGGGAUUGUGCAAGGGUACCCCAACCAGACGGGCCUGAACGGUCGAUUCAGCUGGCAUUCCGACGAAGUCGUCGACUCGCACACGUUGAUUCGACCUCGCCUUGAAGCCGACUAUGCGGUGCUGGCGACAAAUCGCGUCGUGCGCGGCGGCAACGACCCGAAUAUGUACACGAUGAACAUGCGCCAUGAAUCCAUCGACAAAAUCACGACCAGCGGGUUGCGGGCGUUCCUCGCCGCGCAAGAGAAAAUCCACGAGGAAGAGCGACUGAAGCAGCAAUUGUUGGAGAUUGAAACCAAACUCCAAGCCGGGCGGCUGUCUCUGGACGCCAAGCGCGCUGAAAAGCGGCGACUCGAGGCGGUAGCAUUGGUGCGGACAGAACAACGGGCCAAGCAAUUGGAGGGACUGCAAGCGAUGCCAGAAAGCACGGUGGCAGAAUGGGCACAUCGAGUGGCACAUUCCCGGCUUGUGCGGGACUGGAACGGAUGGGAGGAACGGGAGCUGAACGAGUCCAAAGUGCUGUUUUACCACCACUCGAAUCCAACGUUGACAGUAGCAAGUCAGUGGACCCCCCCACCUGAGUGGCCCCCGGAUGACGACAGCGCCGCCCCGCUGCCGCCCCCUUCUGCCACGGGGGAUGCCUUUGACGAUGACGACGACGACGACACUUCGACGGACGCGGCAGAACUAGAGUCUGCGCGGAUCGACAAUUCGAUUCAAUCGAUCGCGAAAUCAUUGGCGGACAACGAAACGUUCGUGGACCUGUUGAGAGAAAAGCUCGGGUUGAAGUCGAGAAAGGCAUCGACGAGUCGCCGACACUCGUCACUGAAGAACGCCCCGUUGAGUCCAACGAAGUCGCAUGGCGACAGCUCCGACGACGAUGACCAAGCCCCCAGCGACGACGAGGACACGAUAGCUGGGCGCGUGCUGCGCAUGCUAGCUCAAGACGAAUCGACACAAGACACCAACACGGCCAGCGUCAAGCGGCUCACGCGGCUGCAGAUCCUCAAGGAGGCACCACAAGUCCACCCGAUCACACUGGGCGAGGGCUGGAAGCGGCUGAAACCCACCCGCCUGCCCAAGACGUUUGCCAAGAAAGUGUACACGACCACCAUCGCAGGCCCCACGGCGUCGUUUAUCAACCAAACCAACUUGCCGUUGAUCCUGGGACUGCUGGACCCAAGCAAGAAUGCCACGUAUGUCCAGCCGGAGGCAGUGCCCGACUUCCGCCACCACAUCAUUCCCAACUUGGACUCGGAGGUGACGGCCAUGAAGAAAGUGCUAGCCGCGACCGCCAAGAAGGGCCGUCGGUCCACGAUAUUGCAAGUGUUUCAAGACACGACUGCCGACGAAGACGAGGUGCCACCGGAGGAUGAAGUGACCGAGGCCGAACGCAUUGCCAAAGCUGUGCUGUACACGCGCAACAACAACAUCAAGGAGGUAAUAGGGGACUCUUCUUUUGAAAACGACCGUCGAUGUAAUGAUGGCGGUGGUGUGGCACGCAGCUGGAAAACAUGCUCGACCAAGGUGUCAACAUCAACGCCCGCGACGAGAACGGCAACACGCUGUUCAUCUUGGCGUGCCAGCAAGGCAACAAGAACAUGUGCAAAUUCUUGAUGCGGCGGCGAUGUGAAUUGGACUCGCAGAACUUUCGCGGCAACACGGGCCUGCACUACUGCUACGAAUACAAAUGGACCGACUUGGCCACGUACUUGAAGGACAAAGGCGCCAAGGACGACAUCCCGAACGCCGAAGGACUCAUGUGCUACGAAGGCAUUUCGAGCGACAACCUGCAGAAACUGUAGAUUAACUUAUUUCAACUCGAUUUAUA